GUGGCGCAGGCGGAGCAUCGCCCCAUUUGAACGAUCCAGCCAUCAUGUCCAUGAAGAAGCCAGCCGGUGGCCCUGGACCCUUGGAAGCGCUGGGCAAGGCAGCCAGCAAAGGUUCGUACGGAUACGGCGAAAGCAGCGGAGGUUGGGGUGCACCUGCCAAAGGAGGAAAAGCGCGACCAGCUGCUGAUAGCACCUGGUACGGUGGCGGUGUGCAGCAGAGCUGGGGCAAAGGUGACAAAGGAAAGGGAUGGGACGGCUACCAAAAGGGCUACGAGAAGAGCUACGAUAAGGGCUACGAGAAAGGCUAUGGCUACGACAAAGGUUAUGGCAAAAGCCAAGACAAAGGCAAAGGCAAAGCCGGAAAGGGCUACGAGGAGAAAGGCUCCAAAGGUAAAGGUGGCAAAGACACGGAUAAGGGCAAAGGUGGAAAGGCCCUAGAGACUGGCAAGGGAAAGAAGGGAGCCACCGAAGCCAAGGGCAAGGGUGGAAAGGACGCCGGGCCCAAGGGAGGAAGCAAAGGCGAUGCCAAGGGCAAAGGAAAGGACACGAAGGGCAAGGCCACCAAGGGCGAGGGCAAGGCUGGCAAAGGAGAGAAGGGUGCCAAGGGUAAGGGCGGCGGUGGCAGCAAGGGCGGCAAUCGACGCGAUGGUGCUGCCAUUGGAGAGCUUCUCCCCGAGGCCAACGAGGAGGUUAAGAAGGAAUUCGAGAAGGAGUUCGAUGUCACGGCCGCGAACUCCAAGUUCGACAAGGAAGCUGUAGCCAAAGAAGGCGAAGAAGGCGAUUCUCUGAAGCCACUGCCGGGCUACGACAAGACCAAGUCCUUCUUCGACUCCAUCUCCUGCGAGGCCACAGAGCGUUCGGGAGCUGCAGACCGGCCCAAGCUUUUGCUAUUGACACCUUCACACCGAAAGUCUCCAAAUCCCGGUCGUGCUGGUCUGGAUGGCAGACGGCUACGCAGCAACAAAGCCUGCAGAGUCGGAGCGAUGGAGACGCGGCCGCCAGACUCGGUGGCGGUAAAUGGCCGUCAAGUCAACCUUCAGAACCUGGCCAGUCUUCAGAAGUUUCCCCAAAAGCGCAGGGAGAACAAGAUGCAAGAGAUCCAGGUUGGUGCACAUCUGCUGAACUCGGUUCAUCUCUUCCCGUCUCGACGCUCUUACAAAGAUGUGGCCUGGGCUAUUCUUUUCUUGGUCGUGGUUGCUGCCACUGCAGCAUUCGCUGCGUUCUACUUCAAGGAUAUUGACACUAGCCUCAACGAAGACUCGACAUUCCGAGACAACGAGACCCGAAACCACUUGAAAGUCGAGGACUUGACCGCGCAUGUGGGAAGGCUCGUCCUGGCAGGCGUCGCCGGCACGGUCGGCUCUUUAGUCGCCGCAUUCUUCUUCAUGAUGCUGGCCAAAGCGUGUGCCAAACCAUUAGUGUAUGUGUCGCUCUUCCUUGUCCCGACGAUCUAUAUCAUUGUUGGGGUUGUUCUCCUGGCCACAUGGCUGCCGGCAGGCUGCUUUAUGCUGUUCAUUGGUGUUUGCUACGCCACCUGCGUUUGGCGCUGGCGCCAUCGCAUUCCCUUCACCGUCGAAAUCCUGGAGAUGGUAGCAGAGGUUUCCAACGACAACCCAUGUAUGGUUGCAGUUUCCGUUUUGGGUUCCAUUUUGUCUGGCCUCUGGAUCGUACUGGUCUCGAGUUGCUGGUUGGGUGUCGAACUCAAGCUGCGGUCAGACACCGCAGACCAGCACUUGAAAGCAAACCCACCUAUUGCUUGGAUUUUCGUGCUGCUCCUCGUCUGGGGUGGGCAAGUCGUGCAAAAUGCUUGCCACACCAGCUACUGCGGUGUAUUCGGACGAUGGUACUUUGACAAAGAAGGCUGGCCGCUCACCAGCAGCAUUCGAGUGGCUUUGACUACUUCCUUUGGCAGUAUCUGCUUGGGAUCCUUGACCGUUGCUGUUGUGCGGACGCUUGAUUUCGUAGUUCGGCGGGCGAGAAGCGAGGCAAUGCAAGAAGGUAAUGUCGUCGCAUGCGUUCUCCUUUGUGUCCUGGACUGCGUCAUCUCAUGCAUAGGAGACAUCAUGGAGUAUUUCAACGACUGGGUCUAUGUGCAAUGUGCUAUUCGUGGCACUGCCUUCUGCCAGUCUGUGCGUUCUACCUUUGCCCUGAUGGAAUGCAAUGGCAUUGAGUGCAUAAUCAACGAUCUGCUCGUGGAUUCUGUCGUGAACAUGGGAGCCUUCCUCUCGGCUUUGGUGGGCGCAGUUUUGGGCGUCGUCGUCGCAGUGGUCGGCCUGCAGCCGUCGACAGGACUUCACGUACAUACUGACCCAUCAGGGGUGAAGUCAGCUACAUCAGAGAACGAGUUUUGGGUGGUGGCCUGCAUUGGUGCGCUGAUGGGCUUUGUCGGAGGUGCUCUCGGAGGUGGAAGCGCCAUGACCAUUUUUUCAAGCGGCACAAAAACCAUCUUGACAUGUUGGGCAGAAGAUCCCGAACCGCUCAAGGAGGAGUAUGGAGACAUCAGCGAUGCGAUCUCCGAGAGAAUCCGCUCCCACCAGAACAAUUGA